GGCAGACACUACGUCACUUCCUCAAGGUAUUUCCAUUUGUUUGUGACAACGGCAGCAGUUAUUUUGUACCGUAUAUAUCAAAGAUAAUGUGGCUAUUUUAAUCUUACAGUUCGUCAGGCUGGAAACGACACUACCUAUGUUUUAUGCUGCCGAAGCUGUACUCUGAAAUUAUGCAGGAAAUAUAGCGUAUAUUUACCAAACGUGUUAGCGUUAGCAAAGACAGGAAAACGUGCGUUCGCCAAAGGAAUAGUUGGCCAGCUAACGUUUGCUAGCUAGCUUAGGUUGAUUGGCUAACUAUCAUUAGCUGCCUUGUUCCUGGUACCGUUCGUGUUGCAGUGCCGGCUAACGUUAGGGGACUUUGUCACUAUUGUUCACUGAUGGAGUGCUCUCAUCUGAACUCAAACGUGAGCUCCACAAUCGAUUCCUCCGUGUUUCCUAGCGGUACUCCGUCUUCCUGGUGUUGCAAUGUCUGCAGGUCUAAUAAAAGUCCAUGGGUUUGCCUUACCUGUUUGAUGGUCCAUUGUGGAAGAUAUGUUAAUGGACAUUCAAAGAAACACUUUGAAGAGAGCCAAGUGCUUGGUAUUAGUCAAAAGAAGGCUGAGAAACAGGAGAAGGAGAAGUCCUAUCACUCUGUCUGCAUGGACUGCAGCAACUACAGUGUGUUUUGUUACAGAUGCGAUGACUUUGUUGUCAAUGACACCAAACUCGGGCAGGUGCAGAAGGUGCGGGAACAACUUCAGAGCUUAGAAAACUCAGCACUGAUGGGUGAUAGACAGAGGAAAAGAAAACUUCAAGAAAGCCCAGCCCCAGACAGCAAGUUGUUAAAAGGCAAUGAUGGGGCAGCUCUAGGUGCUACAGGACUGAGGAAUUUAGGCAACACAUGCUUCAUGAAUGCCAUUCUGCAGUCCCUCAGCAACAUCGAGCAGUUCAGCUGUUAUUUCAAGGAGCUACCAGCAGUGGCUCUACGCAGUGGUAAGACGGCAGGAAGAAGGAUGUACCACACCCGCAGUCAAGGGGACAACAGUGUGUCUUUGGUGGAGGAGUUCAGGAAAACCCUUUGUUCCCUGUGGCAAGGGAACCAGACCGCUUUCAGUCCAGACUCCUUAUUUUAUGCUAUAUGGAAAAUCAUGCCAAGUUUCAGAGGCUAUCAGCAGCAGGAUGCCCAUGAGUUUAUGCGUUACCUGUUGGACCACCUCCACAGGGAGCUCCAGUACAGUCACAAUGGGGCUUCUCUCCCAGUCUCACCUCAAGAUAGGGUCCAACUCUCUAAAGCAGAGGGCAAAGGCUUCAUUAAUGGGACUGCCAGUGUUGUCACAUCCGUUUUUGGUGGUGUACUUCAAAAUGAAGUCAACUGCCUGAUAUGUGGGACAGAAUCUCAGAAGUUUGAUCCAUUUCUUGAUCUGUCUUUGGACAUUCCCAGCCAGUUCAGACAAAAGAGAAGUAAGGACCAGGAGCCAGGGCCGACAUGUACCUUACGUGACUGCUUGUGUAGCUUCACUGACCUGGAAGAACUUGAUGAAACUGAACUGUAUUAUUGCCAUAAGUGUAAAGCACGACAGAAAUCAACUAAGAAGUUUUGGAUCCAGAAGCUGCCGAAGGCUUUGUGUCUGCACCUGAAAAGGUUCCACUGGACAUCCUUUCUCAGAAACAAAGUGGAUACCUAUGUGGAAUUUCCACUGGAAGGUCUGGACAUGCAGAGCUACUUACUAGAGCCAGAGAAGUUAUCACCACAGAGAUGCCUGUAUGACCUUGUUGCUGUCGUAGUACAUCAUGGAUCUGGGGUUGGAUCAGGGCAUUAUACAGCAUAUGGUAGCCAUGAGGGCCACUGGUACCACUUCAACGACAGCACAGUGACUCUGACCAAUGAGGACACAGUGAGGAAGGCUAAGGCCUACAUCCUCUUCUAUGUGGAGAGAACUGACCAGCUGGCCUCAGACCACUCUGGCACAAACAAACCUGCUGUGGACACAGCAGCCACAGACUGUGUUUCUUCAGAAGCAAUUUCUCAGGACAAGGUUGCAGCGGACUCGGUAGCCACCGACAGUUUUGAUGGAUCCAGCAGCGUCACACAUGAAUAUUUUGGAUGGGAACACCCCAGGUAAUGCCACCCUGGGCACUGACGUGGCUGCUCUGGAUGAAGCUGACAGUUUCACUGACGGCUGCAACAGAUAGGGAUACCUCAGACAAGGCUGACACAGAGGAAGCUGGCCAAGAAAUACAGAGUGUUUUGGCUUCACCUCAAUCACAUCACAUUUCUCACAAUGCUUGAUUAUAAUAGCAAAUUUUUACAUGUAUGUGCAACUGUUUUGUUCCUGUGACCUGCAUUACGGCAUCAUGUAUAAUUAGCUGUUUGGUUUUUGUAGUUAAAUUUUUUUUUUCUUUAAUUGUUGUGUUUCUCAGCUGAGGUAGACUGCAUAUAGAUUCCAAAGGUAAUCCUUUAAAGUCAUGACAUAAAGCUUUAGCCUCUAAAAACCUCAGUUGGUGCAAUAUUUGGCCUAGACUGAGAUUCAUUAUGUCCAGCCACUGUCAUUGUAACAGUACUUGGAGCUUCUGUUUUUUUUUGUU